UUCUGCUUCACGGUGUUGAGGAGGUUCGGACCAAAGUACCUCGGGUGGAGCAAGAUUUCAUGCUCCAACGAAAUCUGUGAGCACAAAAAAAAGCAAACAUUCUCGCUGAGAUCUGACUCUUCCGGGACUCCGUACCUGUGCAAGUUCCAGGCUGUGACAUGGCGAGUAACCUCAUCUCCAAGUUGUUCCGUCCCCCUGUGUUCACGCAGCUUGCGGCGCUCCGGUCCCGGGGGAAGGUGGCUGCAGCUGCGGGAACCAGACUUCUGUCCGGUGACCCCCCUCCGGAGAAAAUCAGCCGCUAUCCAGUCCCCAACAAGAAAGACUUGCCUUAUGAUGUAGUGGAGCUCAUGGAGGAGGUUGAGUCUAAGGGAGGCUUUUUGCCAAAUGUCUUCAAAGUGCUCUCUCACAGGCCUGCAGAGUUCAGAGCUUUCUUUUCUUACUACAACGAACUAAUGAACAAGGAGACAGGCAGUUUAACCAAGGCAGAUCGUGAGCUGAUCGUAGUCGCAACCAGCAUUCACAACAAGUGUCUUUACUGUGUGGUAUCCCACAGUGCACUGCACCGCAUCUACUCCAAGAAGCCCACUCUGUCUGAUCAGGUUAUUACUAACUAUGAGAACGCAGAGCUGGGACCUAGGGAGCGCGCCAUGCUGGACUUUGCAAUGGCCGUGUGCCGCAGCGACACCAUUACGGAGAAGCACUUCCAGUCUUUAGAGGAAGUGGGCUUUGACCGUGAGGAUGCCUGGGACAUCGCUGCCAUCUCUGCGUUCUUUGCCAUGUCCAACCGGCUCGCCCACCUCACCGACAUGCGGCCGAACCCAGAGUUUUACAAUAUGGGCCGUAUUCCCAGGGACAAGAGCAAGGAGAAGGCAGGCGGGGACGGCAAGUGAAGAGUGACACAAACAACAGCCCUGUUCAAUGCUUGUGUUUGUUUUUGAAGGAGAGACAUAGAUGGGCCUGUUUAUAACUACUCCAGGACUGUGUAACAUGUGGAUUACUCCAGUCUAUAAAAAUGUUACUGGGUCUAUUGAUUACGUGAGGGUGACAGUGUGAGUUUGUGUAUUUUCUAUGACAUUUUAAAUUUGGGGUAUAAAUGGUUUAUUAUACACUUGCCAUGUUGGUGGUGGUUGGGGAGUAUAAAAUAUUUUUGCAGUUGUUUUUUAAUCUCUGAUAACCCAUGAUACAAUUCACAUAAAUAUCAAUUGUCUUUCAACUCUAUUAAAUACGGUCUGUUCAUACAUAUUACAUUUUUUAAUAUACAAAGAAACUUUAUGUUAACACUUCAA